AAGCAUGGGCAUGAAAGAAGUAUACCCUAUCUGUGGAGCCUCUGUACCCAUUUGUAAAUUCUUUGAUCCCAAGACUGGUUUUCGAUGUGAUAUCAACACCAAUAAUACCCUUGGUAUUGUGAAUACUAAGUUAAUUCAACAAUACAUGGACACUGAUCCAAGAGUGGCUCCCUUGUUGUUUGCUAUCAAGUAUUUCGUGAAGCAAAAGAAUAUAAAUAACCGUACUAUACAUAAUCUAAUGGCAGCCUAUUGCUAUUAUUAAUUGAUACUCUAUAGCCGCCAAUGGGACAUUGAGUAGUUACGCUUAUAUCAUAAUGGCAAUACAUUAUUUGAUCACUCAUUGUGAUGGUCCUGUCGUGCCCUGUUUGCAAAACCUGCCAGUUCCAUGUACAUCAAAGAUAUGCAACUGGAAGACCUCACAACCAGUGGCUGCUGUUUACGAAAGACAACUUCAAAAGUUUGCUGUGAAUUAUCACAACUGUAUAGCAAUGAAAAGCUUAAUUCACUUACCCAAUUACACUUCCAUUUGGAAAAGUCCAAAUACUGCCGAGUUAGGUACACUCUUGCUUGGAUUCUUUAACUAUUACUGGCAAUCUUCAAAUUUAGCAGUGUCUAUCAUUUCAGGAGGAAAGGAAUUGCCUGGGUACGUUUUUAAAAGGGGUCGUGAGAAUGGUAUUAUCGUCCAAGACCCGUUUUUACGUAAAAAGAACGUAGCACACACUUGCCGUAGGAAAGAAAACCUGGAGCUCAUUUUAGGGGAGUUUUUUAGGGCUUCUAAGCUGUUAAGUCAUGGUUAUUCAUUUGAAUAUGUAUGCAGUAAAGGUCAGGGUUUCAUCGAUCCUCCUAUAGCAACUAUGUCCAUGACCAGUAUCAGGUAUUCAGAGGCCAGGGAAGUGGCCACCCUUCCUUCCUUACAGGUUCAACCUAAACCUCAAACGACCACUUUACAAAAGGAAAACAGUACUCGUGCUUUGCAAACCAAUACUUCCACAGUUAAACAAACAAACAGCACUUCCACAGUUAAACAUGCAAAUACGUCGCAGACUAUAUCCAAUACGAAAAAGCAAAUACCACAAACUGAAUCCACUACGAAAAAGCAGGCGCCUCAAAACGAACCAAGCACAAAAAAGCGAGCAGAAAACACGUCAAAAGAUAACAAAAAGCCAAAGCAAAAAGAAGAAAAAAACCAAAAACUCGAAUGGAAAGGAAGUCAAAGAGAAAUUGAAAUUGAUGCCUCACUUGUCAAACUAUCAAAGUAUCUACUGCAAAUCAAGCGUAAUCCCAAGUAUAGCCCGAUUGAGUUAGCUACCGAGCUCAAUAUAACGAAUGCCCAUUACGACGACCUCAUUCAUCUCAUCUCUCGGCUGUUUCUCGUUGGGCAUUAUGUUUCGGUUAAUUAUGAUACAGGCGAUAGGUUUAAACAGGGCGAUGAGCUGAUAACUCAAGAAGAUAUUUUGAAUAGCAAUGGUGACAUGAUGGAGUUUUUGAUGCACCAUUUCGAAAAGUUUAUGCGGGUUCAUAUCGCUGUAAAUUCUUCAGCAAUCAAAGCUGACGAAGAAGAAAGUGGGUUUCAAAUGAGAUCUUCUCAUGUAAACUCAAAGACACAAGAAGAGCAUCAUGAGUUGAAUGGACAUAAUACAAUGAAUGUCAAUGGCAGAAAUAGGGAUUCCAAUGGAUCAGUCGCCUUUUUGGGCACCAACAGAAUAUUACCUGAUUCGAGACAACGUGAGCCCAUCAAGGCAGAAGUACAGCUGCCUCAAUCAAAGAAGCUGGGAAAUACAAAGUCCUCCCAAGAACAUGGUAAAGUCAAUCGUGAUGAAACCAAAUCUAGCGAAAGACACGGUAUGAACAGAAAAUCAGAGAAGCAGUCAUAUGGAGGUUCAUCAUUCUUGGAGAAGCAUGAGAUAACCGAACAUGGUACAGAUACCCACGUUGCGAGAAGCUCUAAUCAAAAGAAUUCACGCAAUGACGCCAAGAAAAGCCAUGAUGAUAAAAGAUCCGUAUCGUCUGAAGAAUUCAUGCCAUCUGCUGGUCUUGUGGAUUGGGCCCCUAAUGCAAAGCCUGCGUCUCCUGAUAAACCUGACAGACAGGCAUCUACCUCCAGUACAGCUAAUAGCAGUGCAACCGCUGCCGAGAUACCAAUACAACAGCACUUUGCAAAAGUUCAAGAAUAUCCAAGGCAAAACAGUUACUAUAAUCAACAUCCUGAAAGCUACUCAGAUGAUGACUAUGAUGACUAUGAGGAAUAUGAAAAUUAUGCAUUAGACGAUGGGCUCGGAAAGUACGUCCUUGGUGAAAAGGCCGACGAUUACUAUGACAUGGACUCUGAAGAGGAUGGCAAUUCGAACGUGGAUAUACUUAUAAAUCAGCUUCAAGCUCUACAAAAUGGACAGUAUGAAGAGCGGGUAGAUAUCCAAGCCCAGAUACGUAAUGUGCCACUCGAAGUGGAAGCUUAUCAAAUCAUUAGCUGUCUACAAUGGGUUGCUGAAGUCAAUUCUGCUACGAUGGCCAGUGCAGUCAACAAUAAGGCGAUAUGGAGAGUUCAAUUGAACGUUCAACGAAAGAAUCUGCAUAUGUUAAACAGACCAAUUGACUUUGGAGAUUUUACUGCAACCAUUCAAAUCCUUUGAUAUCAGCUUUUUUUUAUUAAGCAUAUUGAAAGGAAGAGGUCAUGAAGUAGUUCUUUAUUCUUACCUAUUUUAUGAAAUAAAGAUGGGAGAUCCUCAUAGUAUUUACCGCGAUUUAUUCUAAACAGAAAAAGUUAUUUAC